AAAAAAACAAAACAAAAAAAAAGAAGUUUAUUAUAUAAAAGAAAAUAGCCCUAGGGUUUGUGAACUCCUUCUUCACUCUCAUUUUCUGCGCCUCUGUGUGAAACCCUUCUCCUUCCCACAACUGAUUUCAUGGCUCCAAAGAAGGAUAAGGCUCCCCCACCUUCCUCCAAGCCCGCCAAAUCUGGCGGUGGCAAGCAGAAGAAGAAGAAGUGGAGCAAGGGAAAGCAAAAGGAGAAGGUCAACAACAUGGUGUUGUUUGAUCAGGGCACCUAUGACAAGCUUCUCUCUGAAGCGCCCAAAUUCAAACUCAUCACUCCUUCCAUUCUCUCUGAUCGUUUGAGGGUUAAUGGAUCACUUGCAAGGAGGGCUAUAAGAGAACUGAUGGCUAGAGGUUCAAUCAGGAUGGUUUCUGCCCACGCAAGCCAGCAGAUUUACACCAGGGCUACAAACACUUAGGUGUAGUGCUAUAUUGUCUUGCGGAGUAUUUGUAGGAUUAGUGAAGGAUUGUUCUUUUUAACUUUGAGAUGCACCUUAUGCUGGCUUCUAUCCUUCUAGACUGUUGCUGAAUCCAUGGGUUCACAUUAUUUUUGUAUCCUUGAUAUUUUUAUUUGGCAUCAAGCUUGUAUUACUUUGGAUUU